UGUCAAUGACAUCGUUGCUAUGUCAACAAAAACAAGCACGUCUCAAUUAUUUUUUGCCAGAGAAUGUUUGUUGUGUUUAUUAGUUGGAGUUACCGCUAAAUAACUGUAUAACAUUCACCCAAAAUGGAUAAUUAUGUUGUUAUAUCUUUUGUUGGGGAAGGAUCCUUCGGUCGUGUUUUUAAAGCCAAACACAAAGAGUCUAAUGACACAGUUGCUUUAAAAGUGAUUCGAAAGAAAGGGCGUUCCACCAAAGACUUAAAAAAUUUGAGACAAGAAUGUGACAUUCAGAGGCAGCUAAAGCAUCCAAACAUAAUUCGCAUGAUAGACAGUUUUGAUACUGAAUCUGAAUUGGUUGUGGUUACUGAGUAUGCUGAAAAAGAACUUCAUAGUAUUUUAGCUAAAAAGGGUUGUCUCAAUGAAGACCAAGUAAAAAAAAUCACAUGGGAUUUAGUUUCCGCUCUGUACUAUUUGCAUUCACACAGAGUUUUACACAGGGAUUUGAAGCCUCAAAAUGUCUUAUUAGAUAGCACAGGCCGUGCUAAGUUAUGUGACUUUGGCUUGGCUCGAAUAAUGACAAAUUCAACACACAUACUCACUUCUAUAAAAGGAACUCCAUUGUAUAUGGCUCCAGAACUCAUUGAAGAAAAACCAUAUGAUCAUCAGGCUGAUUUGUGGUCUCUUGGUUGCAUUGUAUAUGAAUUGAUGGCAGGGCAACCUCCAUUUUGUACAAUGUCUAUUUGGCAACUCGUACGAAUGAUAAAACACAAACCGGUUCAAUGGCCUAGUUUUAUUAGUAUUGAUGCAAGGUCCUUUCUCCAGGGGUUGCUACAUAAAGAUCCUAUGAAACGAAUGAGUUGGCCUGAAAUUCUAGAACAUCAAUUUGUCAUGGGUCAUAUUCUUAUCCUCCCAGAAGAUAUCCAAAGUGAAUCACCGUUUACAAAACCAUUAACACAUAGUCAACAAGAAGCUAAACAAUUACAGAAGGACAAAAUAAACAGUAAUGCAAGGGUAAUGAAACUGAAAGGAGAAUCAUCUAAAACAGAAAACAUAGAGCAUGACUUACGUAAUGUCCAUAAAAUGCAUGCAAUGGAGUGUGUCCCAAUAUCAGAUGAUGAUAGUGUCAGAGCAACUAGUGCUUUUAGUGUAAGAGACAGCCUUAAGACAGAUGAUGAAGAUCAAUCACACCCUAUUACUGCUGCCAAUGCUAAGCUAUUAAGGCAUGAGUAUAAUAUUAUGAACAAUAUGAAUCUUGUUGUUUGUAACUUAGAAAACAAUAUGGCACAGCUAAUGGCAAUAAAUAAAAAACAGGCUGAAAAUAAUAAUAUAAAUAAAAUGGACAAAAUUGUUGAGGAAAAACAAAAUGCCGAUAAAAUAACAGAUGAAGCAAAGGAAGUAAUUGAAAGCAAUAUUAAACAAAAAGUAAAAACUGUAGACACAGCAUCACAGAGCUUAGAAAACCCUAAAAGCUCAACUAAAUGUAGCAGCGAAGUGAGUUCUGGUUUAAGUAAAAGUGUCCCACCUUCAUAUAAACAGAAAAUAUUGCAAUUUUCUAGAGACAAGCUAAGAUUUGGUAGUGGCGGUAAUAGGCUGACUAGAAGUAUUAAAAGAUCAUUUCACUUCAGCAGAAGUUGGGACAAAAACAAAAAUGAUGCUCAGAGACGCACUAGUGAGCCUGCGAUUGAAACACAAGGCAUUAUAGUAGCUGACAAUGAAAAAGGAUCUAAAGAAGCAAAAGAUGAGGAUAUUGAAAAGUGUGAAAUUAUCGAAGAAACCUCUGAUGACAAAGAAAUUGCUAACAAUGAUCGCAUAGUAAAGACUGAAGAAAUACAUGAAGUUAAAGAACCGUCGUCCAUAGAGUUGGAAGAGUGGGAAGCAUUUUUGAAUUCAAAUAUAGCUGAAGUAAUGGAUGGCGAUGUGGAAUCAUUGACGCAGCUUAACAUGGUCAGCAUGGUGAUAGGCGUAGUUGGUAGCGCCGCUAAGAGCAGUCGUGGCGCACGCGUAUGUGGCGCAGUUGCGGCCUUAUUGGCUUUGCCCGCGCUCGUUCACACGCUGCCCAGGCACACGCUACUCAACAUACAAGACGUCUACCUUGAAGCUAAAGUUGUAUUCAACUUCGUGGCAGCUAUAAAUAUCUUAAUGAGAAAUAGCAAAGAGACUGAUGACGAAGCAGAAGACAAAUUGCAAGGCGUCAGUCGAAUGAUCGAGGUGUGUUCCUGGCUGUGCGUGCGAUCGUGUCGCGGCGUCAGGCAGUUUGCGACCGCCCUCGCCACUUAUAGUGCUCACUCCGUUUUAACAAACUUACUUAUUAAUUCUUCCAAGUCUCCUCGUGUGGUGCUCAAUAUUGUCGGCCUACUCAUUACAGUUUUGCAAGAUUUACCAGAAUACGCCGAUGUCGUGGAAAAAGUUUUAUUCGAAAACGAAAAAUUCAACUUUUUAACUCUCCUAGAACAACCGAACGAUGCGCUUAGGAUGCGAGUUUGCAUACUUAUAAGUUUGUUGUGCACUUUCUCAUGUACUGCGUUCUCGGUUGCUAUGGAAACCAAGUGGAGUAAGAAAGAGAAAGAUAGACUGGAAGCUCUGCACAGUCAUUGCAAUGUUACGUUGAACAGGGCAGCUAGGUUAGCUACUAAGGAAUUGAGUAAUAUGCCAUUCUAUGUUGGUUAGUCAGCAUAAGGUUGUGUAUGGUGGCUAUGCUACAAUAGAAUACAAUUUGGUCUCUUACUCGCAUACAAUUUUCGUAACAUUUAUUCAAUGUAACAGUGAGCUCACUGUGAUUUUCAAUUUAGUAUAGGGCGAUUCAAACUUAAUGGCGGCUGUGAAGUUAGUGCAAAUCGCAGCGCAGUAAAAGAAAUGUGCGCUGAUGUCACUGAACUGAAAUCUGCACAUAGUUAUGCUCGUUGCUAACUUCACAUACGGCUACAAUUUUGAAUCGCACUGCUUAUAUAAAUUUAAUCAUUAUGAAAUACUUAUAAUGUUGUCGAUGAUGAGUUUUUUUCACAUAGUUUUAAGCAGAGACUUCUGUACUGCUCGGCGAUUAGUCGGUCAAAAUAAAUACCUCUUUUUACUCUUCUGGAGAAGUAUAUACCUUAAAGAAUACUGCUGCUCUGCAGUCCUUUAUUAAGUGAUAUUUGAUUGCUGCUACAAAACUGCUUUUUGUUGCAGCCUAAUAACACCUUUUUAUAUAUAUUUCAUAUAUUUAUUCAAGCGAAAUAAUGUAUACUAUAAAGAUGUUAGGCAAAUGUCAAAUUAUAAAUUUAAGAAUUAUUAUAUUUACACUAUAUUUAUAAAUUGUGUAUUUAUACUGUAAGUAUUAUAGUUGAAACUUCUCAGGUUUGUUCAAUAGGACUCAACCUGGUAAAACAAACGUGUUCGGUGCUAUUAUGUAUAUUUAUCAAACCAAUUUGGGUUUUUAUUAUUAGUUAGGAGUCCGACAGGACCGUAAGGUUUUUUUCGUUCUGAAAAAAAAUCUAAUAGUGUGCGCCUUGUUUAACAUUUUGUAUGUAAGGACGUGCAUUCAGGUCUCCUAAUCAGGAUUACUGAUCAGGAAACCGUAAGUGUGUGCCCAGGCUAAAAUAGACAACAGUCUCUCCUUUUCGUUAUUUACAUGAUACUAGUGAGUCUGUCAACUUUCCAAAAAUAGCAAAUACGAAUAACCAUAAAAGUCCUAGCAUGAUACUGUGUUUAUGGAAACUGGCUAGUGGAGCGCUUUCUUUAUUACACGUUGGCUUGCAAAAGACAAGAAUGGAAUGGAUCUUCGGCUGGAGUAAAGACUAAUAAUCCAGCCAAUUUCAUUGGUUCUAGCUUUUUCCCGUGACAAGAGUAUACUUAUAGUAACGAGGGACAUGAUAUUAAUAUAUUUUCUCAUAUCACUAAUUUUUAUUCGACACUAGACUUAAAAUAUCGAUACUUUAAUUCGGUAUGCAGUACUUAUAAGAUUACAGUGCAUCAGUAUCGAUGAUCAAUCGAAACUCCAGGCGCAACAAAUGUACUUCAGUUUCGAUACUUUUACUCAUUAAAUACUUUUGUUUGGAUACCGAUAUUAACAAGGCAUCGACACUUCUGGUUUCGAUAUCGUAUCCCCGAAUAGUAACUGAACUUCAUUCUCACUAUAAUAUGUAGGAGCCUUUCAAGUGAAGUUAAGUAAUUGGCUUAGUAAUCUAGUAACAUCACAAAGUUCUAUUAAAGAGUUGUUAUUUUUGAGUUGGCACCUUCGAUACAAAUCUGUGCAAAGGUGCAAUUAUACUUGUUCGUAAGCUCGUAUACGAUUGCCUAUAAAAAAAUCAGACAAACGACUAACUGUAACUGAACGGAUUCUAGUACGCUCGUAUUCGAUUUGGUUCCCCUCAAUUUCGCAUUUCACUAAACGUUCCAAUUAAAACGCUGGUGCAAGGUCGUUUGCCCAAUUUUCAGAACGAGAGUGAAAUAAUGUACAUAAUUAUUGCAUCGGGUGACCGAAGUCGAGUAAGGUCUUUCGUACACCCAAAUACGGGCUAGCGACUAAAUGUAAUUGCGCCUUAAUGAAUUCCUGUGGAGUGUGUAGAAAACUCCAACUUUUCCAAUAGUAUGGCAAUACAAUUAAUAGAUUUAAGUUUUUUUGUAAUUUUAUAUUACCAUACUUUUUUGUCAAUUAUAGGUAUAUUUAUUAAAAAAUACUCUACGGAUACGGCAAUAACAGAAAGGUUGGCAACAUUGCGCCUACAAAUUUUUUUUUUUACCGCGCACCGAACUUUUAUACUUAUAUAAACGAGUCGAAGGCCUAAUUCCUAAAUAACUAGUAUAUUAAAGUAAUAAGAUCUAUACCCCUAGCACGAACCAAUAUCGAAUUAGAAUAGUUAAAUUCGAUCUCAGUACGCGUCAAAUGUCAAGAAGCUUUUGUAUGGAAAUUUGAACAGCGCCACAUCUUUCCUCUCGCUUUUCUGCAAUUUGUGGGAGUGAUUUCGUGAAAUGGGACGGAAGUGUCUAACAGGAAGUCGAGAAAUCGCCCGCUAUUUGAUUUGAUUUUACAACAUAAUGUUUAAAUGGCUUAUUCCUUUAGCAAUAGGUUUUAUUUCACGAUUGACACACAGUUUGGUCGGGUUAGCAGUGCCCCUCUCCCCGCUUCCUAUCGACGCGACGCGAUCAUCGCGUGAACUUCAGUUAGGACAUCUAUUCAUCAUUAAUAGGUUUGAUUGCGCGUUCUAUGAUUGCGAUAGAUUUUUAAACAUUUUAGUCGCGCGAAUGCAUCGCGCGGUCGCCCAUUAGGACACCUAUUCUAGAUCAAUAUGUUUGAUCGUCGACUCGUACGAUGAUCGCAUCGCUCAUUCGCGUUAUCGCGUUGUAUUAGGACAAUGCCGAAGGCUCACUCAUUAUUUAACUAACUUUUUGACGCGUAUUGAGUUUAGUCGAAAUCCGUGCUAAAGGUACUGAUAUUAUUGAUUUCUUAUCUGAACUGACUGAAAAUAAAAAACGGGAGCUAAAAUAAAUAAUUGUAUGUGUAAAUAGCCUUAAAAAUGUUUAUAAUUAAAUUAUAUCAAAUAAUGUAACGUAUUUUGUAUUGUGUCAAAAAUCUAUAUUUUUAAUUAAAAGUCUUAAGAGAAGUUUCAAUUAUGUUCUUUUAGCUAGCUUCUUUAAGAUUAAAUUUAUAUAAAUGUAGGUGCUGUUAAUCGAAAAAAAUAUUCUACUAACAACAAACUAUCAAUUAGGUAUUGGAAAUUUUAUAAGAUACUCCAUUUUAAUUUUAUAAAUAUAAUCAGUACCUAUCCAGUUUUACGUUAGUAUUGGUGCUUAGUUAAACAAUAGCACAAUCAGAGAAAAUAUUUAUAUUUGUUUUACGUGGCGCAACAAAUUAUCCCACCGCACCUGAUGUUAAUUUUAUACUUAACAUGUGGGGUCCAGUCGCGAAAAUAGAUGAUACGGCAAAAGGUGUGCCACUCUAGCCAUCGUCAACUUGCCUUCCUGGAGGCCAUUCGCCUAACGGGAUUGCUAUGGCAAUCGCUAUCUCUUACGAUUUCGUUUUGUUACUUCUGACCGCUGAAUGUUUUCAAAUGCCCCGCACUCAUUUUUUUUUCUUUGGUAACAACAAUAUUAAAGAAAAUGAGCGUAACGUAUCUGAAAACUUUUGGCGGUCAGAAAUAACAAUAUGAAAUCGUAACCGACAGUGAUAGCCAUAGAAAUUUCGUUAGGCGUAUGACCCCCUGAAUCCAAUCGCGGAGUUUUGGAACCCUACUCACCAACAGAAUCACAACACUACCAAAAGGAAUUGUUAUUUUACUGAGGUCUUCAGUAAACUUGUUUCCCCAGACGGGCGCUCCAAUUGAGCGGCAAAUCCGCUGUGCCCUACCUGUCUUAGCGCGCGAUUAGCGGGAGAUGUAGCCUUUAUAUUACAGAUAGGGUUGCCAACCCUACUAUAUAAUAUAGAAUCCUACUGUAUUAGGGGAUCAUAUACUAUAUUUCUAGAAAAAAAAGGCGAAACUACUAUUUUUUGCUCAAAGCAGACUUGCCAGUAAAAGCUUUCUUACAAAUAAAAUCUUCAUUAUUAAGGAAAUAUAGCAGCAAAAAUAUAUAUAUUUCAAACAUAAAGUAAAUAUUUAACCACAUACUAUUUUCAAUAUUUUGCCAUCUACUAUAUUUUGUAGAGGUAACAGCUUCGAAAAUACUAUAUUUGAUAGAAAGUUGGUUACCCUAAUUACAGAAGACCACUGUAAAAUAACAGAAGUUUUUGCUAUCGUUUCUGUUGGUGAGCGAGGUUCCAGGGCUCCACAAGGCAGGAGAUUGGUUUCAGCCCAACAAGGUGAGGAUAGUCGAAGUGGCACUCUUGUUAAUAUUAUGAUCGUUUUAAUCACGCUCAAUUGUCAAAUUACUAUAGAGUUUGACAAACACGAUAAAAACGUGAUAUAAUCAUAGAGGUAUAAAAUACAGUGGGGAAGGCGGCUCUAAAAGUGUCCGUCUAGUAGAAAGAGAAAGAAGAUGAGAGACGGCUAACUAUCUCUCACUCUUGUGACGCAUGACAUCCAAUGGCAUCACAUCAAAAUAGUAAGAUGCUUACGGUUGCCAAUGCGCCGCACGAUUAGAGAGAGUAAGCUAGCAGUCUCUCAUCUGCUUUUUCUUUCUAUUAGAAGGACACUUCCACUUGUAGUAGAGUGUAUAUCUCCCCUACUCUAUUCUUAUACCUCUAUCGAUAUAAUAUAAAUUGUGGUGCUCAUGCUACGGCGACAGCUAUCUUCACGGCUGGACUUCCCUUACACUUAGACUUCAAGUGGGGUGGGAUAUUUUCAAAUGCUAGCGAGUUGCGGCUUGUAUAUAAAAAGUAGGGAUAUUUUAUGUGCCAAACUGUUAUCAUGAUGACUUCAAAAUUCUUACUCUUAAAAAUUUUAUGUCUGCAUUGACAUAUAGGUACUAACGAUGAUUUUGGAAAUGCAUGCUGCAAAUUAUACACAGUUUUUAUAUUAGGUACCUAUGUGAGAAAAUCUUAUCUUAGAAAAUCUAUUUUAAUGGUAUUACGUCUAUCUCAUUGAAAUAUUCUCCGUUGAAUGUCAAGCGUAGUUUACAAUGAAAACUAUUUUAAUAAAUUCAAGUUCGACAUUCAUCGGACCUCUAUUGCGUAGCAGGAAGAGUCAUAUUCGCAAUGCAAACGUGUAAUAUUUGCGUGGUAACGAUUGUACCAGUAAGUAGGAAUAUGACAUAAUUUGUAUCCAAUAGGCGAGUUGACUGGCCCUUAUGUAGAAUGGUUAUGUUAAUGCAAUGUUCACCUUCUGGCGGGAAGAGUUAGUGCUACAUUUAUCUAGUGCCAAUGACCACAAUGAAGGUGAACUUAUGUUGUUUUAUCUGAACUGUUUUAUAACUAGACUUUUGUUUAUACACACCUAGGAAUAUUAGAAGAAAAUUUAACAAAAAAAUAUAUUUAAUUCGGCCCAGGCAUCAUGCAAGAUUUGAUCCAGCGCCUUUCGCUAUUCGGCGAAUGCGCUAACAUCUAAAAUACUAAGAAAACAAUGGAUAUAUCGAAUUUAUCCUGGUACCUUAAGCUGCAAUACAGCGCAACUUUUACAUUGCAGGCAACUACAAAAUUAAAUGAGAUAGGAUACUUUCAAAAGUAUCGAACAAUCUUAAAAAAGAAAUAGCGAUGAAGUUUUUAUUUUAGUAUCUUGUUAAGCAUUAAACUGCUUGAUUUUUAUAUCUAUGGAAAAUUUUACAAAAAUCAAAGAUUAUAUAACUGACUAUUGAUCAUUCUGUGUUAAAGUAAUAUAAAAAGAGACUAAAAGUAAAGUAAAAAUCUUAUUCCCGUCUCUUGCACACAUUAUGAGUGUAAGAAGGAUGGUGAUAAAAUGGAUUGCAUUGAUACUUAUAAAAAUAAAAGACUCAUUAGACAGUAUCCAUAAAACCGUCUUCGAAUUUCGUCCCAUUCAAGUAUUUUUUCUCUAUGUACUUUGGUAUUACUGCUUUUUUGGUGUACCAAAAUAUUGCCUGUUUAUAUCAUAAAUAGCAAGCAAGUGAUAUCACCUUAAUUGUUUGAUACUUUUAAUCUUAGCUAUAGAAUAUGUUUUUUGUCUGAUGAAUUUAUGUACCUAUAAGUAUUAAAAUGUUGGGAAAUAAAUAAAUAAUAAAUAAAUAUUACUAACAUUCACACCAAUUAGCCUAGCCCAAAAGUAAGCACUGUAAGGCUUGUGUUACGGGAUACUAGGGUAACGGAUAGAAUACAUUAUUACGGAUAGAUACAUAGGUACCUAUAUAUAUAUAUUUAUCUAGAAAUACAUAUAGCCAUUAAAUACCACUCAUUAAAUAAAACACUCUUUUAUCGGAUUUAAAAUGUUUUCUUACAUACUCUUAUACAUCUCUACGUUUCGCAUAUUUUUCUCAUUUCUCCUCCUUCUUUGAAACGAAGAGACAUUUAUUCAUUGAAAUUGUUGAUAAAAUAGAAUAAGUAAAAUUAUUGUUAUCGAAUGAUGCUAAAUUAUUUUUAACAAUUUUAUGAAAGUACUCACAUUAUUAGUAUCGAAAGGAUCAAGUACCUGCACAAUGCACAAACGUAGGUUAAACGUAGAUUUAAAAUCAAUUAAAAACUUACUAAAAUUGCAAUUAUUUUAUAUUUUUACUAAAUGUAACAAAACAAAUCUUAUUAAUCAUACAAAAAACUUAUGGCAACAAACCACCAGAGAACUGACAAACUUGCAACUCGUUUUUACCUUUAUCCAUAGGAAUUAAAGUAAAAAGCCUCGAUUAGUUUUUUUUAUUGUAAUUAAUUACUUGAUCCCUAGACACUUUUGAUGAGUGUUUUCAUUUAUUACUACUUAUUUAAUAAGUUGGUGUUUGGGCCUCAGCUAUCUGAGGCCCAAACACCAACUUUGGCAGAUAUGUAAAUUUUAAUUAUAUGAAACUGUAUUUUUUGGAAGGAGCCAGUUUGUUCUUACGGCCGGUAGAGGCGCUGCUUAGAUUUAGUAGAAACUGACGAUGCCAUUACGGGAUUGUUACCAUGUACAUGAUGUUGUAUUUCGGCACUGUUGUAAGAGUCAUGAUCACGGAGUAACACCGUGAACAGAAGUUACUCCGUGAUCAUGGCGCUUGCAACAGUGCCGGAAUAUCGGAAACUCUACAUGGUAACAAUCCCGUACUUAUAUUACAACUUAUAUUACUAUAUUUGUGUUUUAAGUUGAUUAUUGUGGCUAAAUCAAUUUUUGUAUCAUUUAUUUCAACAAUAUGUAAAAUGACACUGACGAGAGUAGGUAUGGGUACUUAUAAAAGGUACUUGUAUUAGUAAAGGAGAUUGCUCAGCUUCCAUACAUGUUUGGCCUAAAGACCAAUAAUCAUGAAAAAUUGUUUCCUAGAUUCGAAAUUAUAUAUAAAUUACUGAGAAACGAAUAUUAUUGACGGACACCCCUGAGAACUUCUAGAAACCAUAUACACUGAACGAUUUUGAGGUUAUGUUUACAAAUAGGUACAUCGGUAUUAAAAUAGUAAAAAAUAAAUAAGUUAUAUAGUAAACUAGGGAAAUCAAGUCAAGUAACGAAAUUAUGUAUUACAUUCAGGUAUAUAGAGCUUGUAGAUUAUCAGAGAGUUGCCAGUUUUUAAAGUUAACGCACAAAAGUAACUUUUAAAAUCAGGUAUCAUCUAUGCAUUUCCGGUUAUAAUAAUAACUUAUCUCUGUGACAGAAACUGUGUGAUGAUUGUGAAUGAGCUACAGAUUAGAGAGAAUUUUCAAUCUCUCGUAACCAAAGAAAGCCAAGUGAUUUCGGUUAUACAGCCUAUGGGCGUACCCAGGUAGGGGCAGGGGGGGGGGGCAGCUGCCCCCCCCCCCUAGAAGAUAAAAUAAACGUCAAUUUUCCUGGCAAGUGGGAAUUAAAAACGUGUUACCUACUCUGCGCAAAAUGAAGUGUUGGAAACAAAACAUCUUUUCAGUCAGAUAUUUUGAUUUUUUUAUCUAUAAUUAAAUAUUCUACAACAUUCGAUAUAAUAGCGCCGCAAUAUAAUUUAUAUCUUCCACGAAACCGUCGUAUCUCGUAGUUUCCGCUCCCGACGAGAUAAUCAGAGCCAUCUAGGAUUAAAGCCGAAUAUAAUUUGGAGAAAACAACGUCUAGCGCUGGCGCUAUCUAGUUACGGACGACGACACUCGACAGUGCUUUUUCCAGUAAAGAAGAACGUUCUAGCAUGGACUAUUCUGGAAAGUAGAGACAGUGAUAGCAAGUAUGAGACAAGGAUGGCAACAGAGUCGAGUAUUUUCUACGUAUUUCGGGAGCGAGAAUAUUUGAAUAUGUCGGAGAGCGGCUAUUCACUUUGUCAUUAGCGUUCACGGGCUUAGUGGGCGUCAUUGGGGCUUGAUACAGGCACAAAACCAAACAAUCACUCAAUCACUGUUCGUAUAGUUUUAAUUACGUUCUUUUAACAAAAACAAAAUAAAAAUGUUUCACACACACUUUACACUAAGGACACUUAAAUAACGUAACAACCGAGCAGUGGGUUCAAGGUACCAAUCUGACUUCACUGAACUACCGUAUCACCUUUCUAGAAAUGAACCGCUACGAUCUGUUCCUCGCCUUUAAAUAUGCGCAAAAACUACCUCCCACUUGUGAAAAUCAAGAUGGCGCCUCGACCCCACUCGAGGCACGUGCUCUGCUCUGAUUGGACGCGACAUAAAAUGAUUUAUUAGCGACUUUUAUUCAAUUACUAAGUUACUGAACAAUUCAAAAAUUGUAGUUAUUUGAAAUUAAAUUAAAUUAAGAUUUUAUAAAAUUAUUUAAAGUGUAAACAAUAGCCUUUUCACGCUUGGCAUUCAACAAUCAACCCUAUUCAUCACAUCCUCCGACACGGCCAUCCUGACCUAUCACACGUCCUCGUGUGAUGUUGAAGAACCAGCAUGCUCGCUGUCUGUAAAAAAAGAAAUGGUUCAUGUACAGUACAUCGGCCAAUCCUGACCACGCCAAAUGUUUUUUUUUUUCGUUACAGCUUCAUUCGAAAUAUUUGCUAUUCUAAUUGAAAUAAGCCUUACAAUUCAUCGUUACGUAUGGAAUCUGUACCCCAAGAACCUCACUGUUGAAUACUCAAUUAAGUACUUUCCAAACAGCCACUACGCCGUUACACUUAACAGCCACGUCUCCGUUACACUUAGCAACCACUUCACCGUUGCACUUAACAGCCACCUCGCCAUUGCACUAAACAGUCACCUCGCCGUUACACUAAACAGUCACCUCGCCGUUACACUUAACAGCCAACUCGCCCUUACACUUAACAUCCAACUCGCCCUUACAUUUAACAGCCAACUCGCCGUUACACUUAACAGUCACCUCACCGUUACACUUAACAGCCACCUCGCCGUUGCACUUAACAGACACUUCGCCGUUACACUUAACUAGACUCCUUGCUUAACAACAUUUUAAUGGCCUCCUCGCCUCUAUGGCGUCAUAGCAUAAACUUUACAACCACCACGCUACUCAAGUCUUACAAACAACUCAUUGUGCCAACACGCUAUACAUUUAAAUACUUCAAACACCCAUAUACAGUCUUUCUAUUUACCAACAAUCAGCCCCGGAAUCAAAGCAAAAUGAAAACUGCUCACCAAAUUAUAUGAUCACCCCAGUGACGGGUUUCACUCCGCAUACGUCCACUCGUUUUACACUGCUGGAUGUAACAGCAGACUGUAAGCUGCCGCUUGUAGCUGGCCAGGUUUUCGUGCAUCGUGAUGCGAUGUGACCCUCAACACCACGUCUGUAGCAGCUAACCGGGGGCCUCGUCGUAGCCGCAGCCGUAUUGUUGUCGUCAGAAGUCGAAGUUGAUUGCUGCUUGUCACGCGAAGGGCUGAAACAUUCAUAAGAUUUUUCAGAAGCAUAACAUUUUGUUGAAACCGUAAUUAACCUAGGGAAAUUGUUAUCUCGCAUGGCACUAGCAACGGUUUUUUAAUUCAUGAUAUCUCCGCUUGCGGUAAGAAUAUGCCAUAAGUUCAGUAGUCAUAUCUUCAGAAAAAAAUAUUUCGUUGUAACUGUGGCUCAGCCUGCCCCAUGUGUGCAAGUAUUACAGAUUAGGAAAAGCUAUUUGCGAAAACCAUGACGCGGCGGAACAUCUCAUAGCCCUACUAAGUAAAAGAAUAAGUUUACUUCCCUGUAUAUCACGAUCCGUUGCUUGCUGUUUUGUUGCACUUCAAACAAACAGAGCUUGCAAAACGUCGUUGACCCCGGUUGAAUCGUGCAUAUUUUGUGCCUGCACCGAUCCCGCUUCUGAUGUCGGAGAGCGGCUAUUCACUUUGUCAUUAGCGUUCACGGGCUUAGUGGGCGUCAUUGGGGCUUGAUACAGGCACAAAACCAAACAAUCACUCAAUCACUGUUCGUAUAGUUUUAAUUACGUUCUUUUAACAAAAACAAAAUAAAAAUGUUUCACACACACUUUACACUAAGGACACUUAAAUAACGUAACAACCGAGCAGUGGGUUCAAGGUACCAAUCUGACUUCACUGAACUACCGUAUCACCUUUCUAGAAAUGAACCGCUACGAUCUGUUCCUCGCCUUUAAAUAUGCGCAAAAACUACCUCCCACUUGUGAAAAUCAAGAUGGCGCCUCGACCCCACUCGAGGCACGUGCUCUGCUCUGAUUGGACGCGACAUAAAAUGAUUUAUUAGCGACUUUUAUUCAAUUACUAAGUUACUGAACAAUUCAAAAAUUGUAAUUAUUUGAAAUUAAAUUAAAUUAAGAUUUUAUAAAAUUAUUUAAAGUGUAAACAAUAGCCUUUUCACGCUUGGCAUUCAACAAUCAACCCUAUUCAUCACAUCCUCCGACAAAUAUAUAAGCGCGAUCGUGAGGCAGAGCAAGGCAAUUCAGUUCGAAAUUUCGAAUACAAUUCUAUUUAGUUCGGAGUUUAAUACGAGCGAAUAUUUAAUGCGCCAUAAUAGUGUCUUAUAGUUUAGUUGCGGCGACACGAGAUUUACGUUUACUGCGCAACAACUGGAAAGAUUUACUCCGUCAAAUGGAUAUCAGGAAUUUCUUUGAAAAAGGUGAGUCAAAACAAAACACAUAUGUAUGUACCUAAUAUGAUUAUUUGAUUUGUUUAAGGGGGGCUCUCUUGUAAGUGUAUAGGAAGUAAUUGAUAUUUGAAUGUGAUGUUUUUAAAGGUAUCUUAAUCUUUAUUUAUUACCACGUUUUUAUUAGGUCCGUUUCUUGUCUGUUUGUCUGUUCGGUACAAAUCUGGCAAUUGAUUUUAAACUAACUUCCCGAUUUCCAGAUGAGCUAGAGACUUGAAAUUUUGGCUGUAGGCUAGAAGUGGAUGACAAUACAAUAUAAGAUUGUUUUCUUGUCUAUUUGUCUGUUCGGUACAAAUCUUUCAAUUGAUUUUAAACCUACUUCCCGAUGAGCUAGAGACUUGAAAUUUUGACUGUAGGUCAGAAGUGGAUGACAAUACAAUAUUAGAUUGUUUUCUUGUCUGUCUGUUUGUUUGCUUGUUUUUUUGUUUGAAAGUUUAAAAAAAUACAUUUUUUAUGACUAAAAAGCAGAUCUUUUUAAUAUACUUACCACGUUUUUAAAACGGACUAAAAAGUAUAACGACAAACGUGGGGAGCAAGAAAAAAAAAUAAGAUAGGUAAUGAUAAAAAGUGUAAAAAGUACCAGUCGUUGAGAAAUCUCAUGUUAGAAGAGCUUUCUCAUUGACUGCUACUUUUUAUGCUUAAUUAUAAUUUAAAAUGCUUAGAUCAAUUUAUACGGCAUUAGAAAAUUUUAUUUUAUACUGUUUAGUCCGCUUUAAAAACGUGGUACAUAAUUUUUCUUUCGUUCUAUGCCUAAACACCGUAAGAGUAAUUAUGUUUGUGUAUCCUUUUUGUAGGGACAACACGGGAAAAAAGAAAAAAAGGUCUGGAAAGUAGCAGUGGAGGAAGCGAUGAAAAUGACAACCAUGAUAAAACCCAUGUUAUGCCAAGAUCAUUGCAUGAUAACAUUGGACAAACGACACAUUCUCCAGCAGAACCUGUAAAUAUAUCUGUUGCCGAUUAUUCUUCUCCAUCGACAUCCCAGCAAACUUAUGACGUCAACGUCGAUCCUGAAAUUAUAGUGGACGAUGGCUAUCAUGAAAAUGAUCCGGGUCGUUAUGUUGGGUUGGCUGCUCAGCUAUCGACGGAAAAGAAAAGGGAAUUGUUACAACAUCCUUGGAUCCCGCCCAGAAAUUAUAAUUAUGAAAGUGAUGCAAGCCAUUUGAAAAGGAAAUUUAAUAAUGCUUGGUUGGAUCAAUAUGCACCAUGGCUAGUAUAUUCCAAGCGACUAAAAGGCGCUCUUUGUAAGCAUUGUGUUUUGUUCCCUCCGCCCAUCAGUACUGUGAGAGGAAUUUUGGGAUCAUUUAUGGUCAGGCCAUAUAUAAAGUUCAAAAAUAUCCAUGAAGACUGCCGAAAGCAUGCAACGACCAACCUUCACCUAACAGCGACAAAUGCUGCAAAAAAAUCUUGAAAAUGUUCCUGUAGACAUCCAACUGCAAAGUGGACACCAAUAAGCAAUCGAUGAAAACUGGUGUGGCGUGUAAAUAGCCAACCACUGAAUGCGGGUUUGACAAUAUACGUAUGUGCGGCGGGUGAAUUAUUAUGUACGAGCUGCUUAGACACAAAGAAUCAUCAACAAUGAAACAAGUGGAAAUUGAAUAAGCGCAAUGUCACCAACGACUCACCUGGAUGUCUCUCUGCCUCCUUAUCGGGCUUGCUGGCGUGGGCACAGCCGAUGCAGCUCCUUUUUUCUUCCUCUGGGUGCGGUUGAAAUCUUCUACGCGAUUUUCGAGAUAAUUACGCGCUGCGUAUUACUUUGUUUGCGUACGACCUAUCUGCACGGAAUCUAACACAGCAGAGAGCGGCCCUUGGAAAAUGACGAGCCAACAACCGUUAUUAAGUUCGCGUACCCGCGCAUAACAAUAUUCGCAGUACCCACAUAUCUGCCAUCUGGACAGGUUCGCAGAUCGAACACUAGGUGGCGUCAGCGAGCAUAUUGCAAAUUCAAAAGCCAAAUGCGAACAUUGUUGAUGUAAAAAAUUCACACAUAAUAAAACGCCCAACCAAAAACAGACAAAUAUUGUCAUCAAUUAUUUCUUGUGUAGUAUUUUGCGGUACACAUGAUAUGCCUCUUAGGGGAAAACAAGCAGAUGAGGGCGUUUUAUUAGAUUUAUAUAUUUAAAGUUGAGAAUCAAUUCAGGGGACGACAAAUUAAAGAGUCACCUGGAAAAGUGCCGUCGCAAUGCAGUUUACACAUCGCCAAAAAUACAAAACGAAUUGAUUAAUUUAUGUGGCGAAGUUAUUAAGGAGAAUAUAAUAAGUGAGGUUCAGAAGACCAUGGCUUACGCAGUCUUAGCUGAUGAAACAGCAGACGUAACUGGGAAAGAACAGCUAUCAAUAGGCGUGCGGUUCUACGACGAAAACAAAAGGAAAAUCAGAGAAGAAUUUGUAGGAUUCGUUGAACUAGCAAUCGCCGAAGCAAUUGACAAUUUCUUGAUUAGUUCUAACCUCCCAUCAGAAGAUUGUGUAGGGUUUGGAUUCGAUGGCUGUUCUACAAUGGCAGGGAAAGAGGGUGGCGUACAAGCCAUUUUGAGAAAAAAAUAUCCUCGUGCUUUAUAUUUUCAUUGCUCAAGUCACAAACUCAACCUUGUUGUGAAUGAUGCGAACGCAGUGCCAGAAAUUAGAAAUACUGUCGCCACUAUUAAGGAUGUUAUAACGUUUUUCAGAGAGUUGACUACUCGUCGAAACUACGCUCCAAACCUAUCACGAUUGUGUGAGACGAGAUGGUGCGAAAAAUAUAAAUCAAUCAGAAAGUUUUCUCAACAUUUUCCAGAGCUUGUGAAAUCUCUAGAAACGUUAUCCGUAGAGGGAAAUUAUGCCACCAGAAAAUCUGCAUAUCCGUUGCAUUCAGUCGUUACAAACCCAGUGUUUAUUGCUCCUCUACAAACAAUAGCCAAAUAUUCAGCAGUUUUAGAACCAGUAUUUAACGCACUGCAAGCUAAAUCGAUCGACAUGAUCUCGGUGGGGGCACACAUCAAAAAUAUCAAGGACAUUCUCAGAAAUGACCGCGAGUUUCCUGAUAAAAUAAGUAAUGAAAUGCUUCAAAAAGCGCGAGCUGUUGCAAUAGAUUUGAACAUAGAAAUUUCGGUUCCACGUCUUGCUCAUAAGCAAACACAUAGAAGUAAUCCGCCAUCUGACAAUGAUAACGAAUAUUGGCGGCGUUCUCUGAUAAUACCAUACAUUGAUUCACUCAUUUCAUCGUUGAAUAUUCGAUUCUCCCAAGAAAAUACUCCGGCGUUUGCUUUAAGUAAGCUACAUACCUUGUAUAUGACCAAAACCAGCAUUAUAGACUUACACAAAAAUGCCGAAUCAUUCCACGAAUUUUAUAACCUGGAUAUCACUGGAGAACUGAACCUUUGGCAUAAUUUAUGGAUGAAGAAUACUUUAUCAGAUGAUCAAUUAAGGGAUAUAGAAGUAGUUGAUCUGUUCAACGAAGCCAAUAUUUUUUACCCUGCUGUCAGAAAGGCAUUGAUUAUUUUAAGCACUAUCCCAUGCACCACGGCGACCGUAGAACGGUCCUUCAAUACGCUUCGAAAGGCUUACGGGUUUAUGUCUGAUGAGCGUACAUCGCAAUUAUUUAAAAGAAAACAGUGAGUUUAUUCAAAAGACUGUCUUAGACAAAUUUUCGGCGGCAAAUCCGAGAAGAUUACUUUUAAAUUAAUAUAUGUGUAUUAUGAUUAUUAUAUAUAUUUAAUAUUUUGUUUUGUGUCAUAAUCAAACUAAUUAUUAAAAGUCAAUUUUCAUGAUUUUUUGUUUCAAUAUACCCGACCGACCAUCUUCUCGAAACAGGUAUGAGCUGCCCCCUCCUAGCUGAAGAAGCUCCUGGGUACGCCCUUGAUACAGCCAUAUCUUCAGUAGCUUUAUUAUUUUUGUUAUGUUUAUGUUAUAACCAUAUUUUAAAUUUUUAGUAUAUCACACCUUAUAAUGUGUUUAUGGAGGUGUUUGGCGAAAAAUGUAUGGCAAUAGACUUUAUGAUGUCGCCUACCAUCUAUAAUAAUUUGUCUUAGCACAUUUGCAUGUCGUGAAAAUGAUAAUAUAGUUGUGGAUAUUAAUACCACAGUGUAAUAAAAAAAAAUGAUUUAUUUAUCGAUCUUUACAAAGUAGAUUUGUUUUGAUGUUAUAAAAACAACUACGAUCAGUCUUUGGCUGAAUGUUACUACACCCAUAGCCAUUAAAAAUGAUUCGUAUGUUUUUCAAACCGGUAAAAUUAAAAGUCCUUUUUAAAAUGAAAAUAUUAUACAAAGGUGUCCGUUAAAAUCUAAUGACUGUAAAUUAAAGUAUAAAUUACGCCAAGAAUUACCAUAUGUCAAUAUUUUUUUUGCAUUUGGGCCAAUUUGAGCAAUCUCCUUUACUUUAUAUAUUAUUGAAAAAUAAGCUGUUAAAAAGGAACAUUCUUACGACAACACUUAUUUUGCACUAGUGAAGUGCCAGUGUAGACUGUAGUUUUUGUAUACACUUUUGUCAUAUUAUUUUAAAACCUUCCUUCAAUAAGUAAUCAAAUGGAUGGUGAAACUGCUUGAAAAUCCUUUACGUGGAAAAGAAUUAUUGGAAAACAGACAGACGCGGAAAGCGACUUUACUAUGUAGAUAUAUUAGAACUUGAAAGCUCAGUGCGUCAUCCAUUUUUUUUAUAAUUAUAAGAAUGUAAACGAUAUCGUUUGUUUGAAUCUCAAAAAGGUUGUUUUUUUACUUUUGCGUUAAAUUGAUAUGACCUUAGAUUACACUCUGUAAAGGAAUGUACCUGAAGUAUUUUAGAAAAAGACAUUUUGACCAUCGGAAAUGAAGACUCAAUAUCAUUAGAGACAUUUAUAAAAUGUAUGCUUCAUUUAUUAGGUCAGUCAGAUGUGAAGCCAGUGACAGCAACUAAGUACUUUAAUUAAAAGUUAAUUGUCAUGUUACUUAAAAAUACAUCAGAAUAGAAAGUCUUUUUCCUGAUCGUCGAAAUAGUACCUAGUUUGGUAACAAUACUUUGUUUAAUUUAUAACUCGUACACAGGAGUUUUCGAAAAAUAAUAUAAGAAGUGUUUAUUACUACCCUCUAAAAUUACUUCAGGAUCAUAAAAUAACUUGAGACUGAUUCGUAUCCUCUUUCGGGUUUAUUAGUGCUUUAAGUUUUUUCUUUUAAUUAUUAUAACAUGUGCCAUAAAAUAACAACAAAUCAUAAACCUGGCGGUAGUUUUAUGAAAACAGCAUUAGAAAAUAUCGAUUCAUAAAUCCGGUGCUUUUAUUGUUGUAAUUUAACUAAAUUUAAGGUAUUCUGUGUAUUUAUGACACCUGUAGCGCUGUGCUUAUGGUGCAAAUUAAUGUACCCCGUGCCUUUAUUUUGAAUGCGGUUAAUGCGCUUUAUUAGCCGAUUGCUUAUUACAUAAGGCGGGUGAUCGGCCGGCCUCGCGCGGUCGUCGCGUGCGUUCACCGAACAUGCAUAUUCAAAUUCACUAAUAAUGCAUUAAUGCCUUAUUUUGGCGAACAUUAACGUCAGAUAUCUGCGCCGGCGCCAAUGUAAGUAAUUAUCAAAGUUAAAUAUCAAAGUCCGCCGGUGCCCUUUAUUAAUCUUGAAUUUUACGACAAAAAGUCAGUAUGCAUUCUAUAUAAUGUUUAUGGUGUGAGGCAAGUUUGACGUUUUUAUCUUGACAAAAUUACCUAGUAUAAAAAUUUACGCUGAUACUGUUCGUUCUCAAUUGGUUAUCGAGUGCAGUAAUGGCAAUCUUGGGCAAUCUUUUUCUUAACAAGCGAAUACGCAAAAUACAAAUUGUAUUUUAUUAGUCUGAUCUGUAAUAAAUAAACAAUCGAAAUGGAAAAUAUCGCUUACUGAAAUUAUAGUAGUGCGUAAGUUUAAGUAUCUACUUUAUAUUCAACUUGUUACAUUUUUCUGAAUAUGUAAAUGGAGAAAAUAAAUCUGUUUGUCUUAGGUA